GCUGGUUAAACGAUGUUUAUGGCAGACAUCGACAGAUAGCAGGCUUUGUUGUUGAAAAAGCAUUAAAAGACGUAUUUUAAGAAGCGCUAAUGGUUUGGGGGUAGAUUUUUACAUUUUUCUCCGCACUGAGUGGCUAACCACGAAAAGGAAGCAAUGAACUUCCAGGGCAGUCGGAGGCGAGGAGAAGAUGGCGUCGCCAUGGUGAUUGACUUCCUGCUGUCUAACGCCCGACUGGUUCUGGGAGUUGGAGGAGCAGCUAUGCUGGGCAUCGCUACAUUGGCAGUGAAACGGCUGAUAGAGCGCGCAGGCCGUGCAGCAGACGAUGAAAAGGUGGAACAGAAGAUGGCUGAGAGCUGGGAGGAGUUGAGUUUGGUCUCUGCUUCUCCAACAAUGAUCAGGAAGGGCAUAGAGGGCGUUGUGAUGAAGCAUGUUGCCAAGGCGACCAAACAGCAGAAAGCUGAUCUCUGCCAACAACCUCAGAUGUCCUCUCUGGAGGUGCAGCCUAAAACUGAGUCAAAGUCCAAGAGGCUCCAGCUGUCCGUCCUCAGUUUGCAGGAGCGUCUGCAGCAGUACUACAACACGAGGGCAGCACUCGCUCCACAUGAGGUCCAGAGGGCUCAGUCUCUGGCUCUGGACAUCUGCACUGAGAUCCAAGGCUUUCUGCACAGCCGCCACCCGGACAUGCCACUGGGAGAAAUGAGCCUCGGAGGUUCCCUGCUGGACGACUUACAGGUGGUCAGUGCAGACCAUGCAUGUCUGCUGGUGCCUCUGCAGCUGGAAGCUUCUCUGUGGCGUCUCAUCCCAGGAGAGGAGACGCUGCUCACACAUCCUCUGCACUGGAUGGUCCGACGGGUCAAUCUCGAGUAUUUUCCCCGAGGGCGCAGCUACUGGGACAGGUACUUGGUGGGCAAUUAUCUGUCGGCAGAGGCUGUUGUGAACAUGUUCAGUAAGUCUAUCAUGGAGACGGUGAACUGGCCGUCCAUCAGCAGCACUUUGGACUGUCUUGUCAGACCUGUUCUGGGAGGACCCGACCUCAGACUGGAGAUACGGCCUGGAAAUGAAAACGUAGGAGCAGAGAGCAGCGAUCAGUCACUGUUCAUCACCAUGCUGCCUCUGCUGAGGGAGGAGGACGUGGUCCUGACCGCUCAGCCUGAGCUCACCUCUCCCUGGGUGAACGCCUGGCACCUCUCCCUCUACCCGUGGGAGACCCAGCGUCUGGCUCAGCUCGACACGGCUGACGACGGCUGCCGCGUACACUUGCUUAAAAUCCUCAAGGCGGUGUGCAGACUGAACCCUGCCCUGCGACCCCUCGAAGCCGCCCCGCUGGCCAAUCUCAUCUUGCACCUCAGUGACAGCGAGGGCAACUGGUCCGAAAGAUGCCUGGAUGUCAGGUUCCAACAGUGUAUCACAGAGCUGAUUGGCUACCUCGAGCAAGGGGCAUUACACAGUUACUUCAAACCAGCUGUCAAUCUGCUGAGCGGCUUGUCAGAGGACCAGGUGGACCAGAUGGGCUUCAUGCUCUACUGCGCUGUGUCAGAGCCUGAGAUACUGUUCAUUUAACUCUCUGCACACCAGCAGCGCUUCACACUUCUCAAGCUCUGACAUGCACAGGACACUGGAGGAAUCUUAUUCAUGAUGUUGGGUUCAAGGCUUCUUGUUCGGCUCCUCUGUCCUACUCUGAUACCAAGGAAGAGGAUACAGUUACAGUGACAAGAUGGCAGGCACCAUGGACUGAUGUGGACACUGGAGGAGGAGAAGCUACAAGGAGGCUGCAGGUUUGCGAGAGUUAAUCAAGUUCAACAAGUCACUGUGAGAAGUGCCAAAGAGACGAGCUGUGGAAACGUUUGUCUAAAUGAUGGAAACAAUCAGCUUCAGGAUGUGCUGUGCCGCCAAGUCUGCAUUUAAGUACGUGUAAUUUUGCACAGUUUUCAGUGACGGUCAACAUGCCACACAGAGUAAAUCCAUUAAGAGCAGGAGAGGAGUACAGUGUUUGACUGGAGUGCUUCCAUUCUUUCUAUCCUCUAUCUGACAGUGUGCAUCAUCUUCCCAAAUUUCCAGUAAAUAUUCUAACUAUGCAGAACUAUAAUGACCUGCUGAAAACCGCCAGAUUUUGCUGCAUUUAUCAAAACUAUUCAGUCUGUCUGAGUGAAGCUUAUGAUACUCAACAUGUAUAUUUUCUGAUAUUAAAGUGUUGAGCAUUUUUGUUGGUCUGCUUUAGUGUUCAGUCUGUUGCCAAUCUUAUUUGGGUGGAUUUGCCCUUUAAAAUAGGCUUAAGGUUUCCUGAUCAUUUUAUGCAGUUGCUUUUAAAUACCGUAUGAAUGUCGUGGGCGUUUAUCAGUUGUGUUUUUGACGAGUGUAAGAGAAAAUGUAUUUCUGUGAUUGAGCAGUAAAACUGCAAAUAAAGACUAGAUUCUCACUCAGGUGAA